AUAUGUGCACUGAAUGUCGUGCUGAAUAGGCUCAGUGUGCAGAACUGCAUGAGGAAAAUGUGACAAACAUCUGAUUCUUCUUAAUAAACCAUACAAUUGUUUUUUGUGGGGGGGUUAAAUUGCUGGCCUCUGCUAGGAUUGUAUUCAUCAGUGCACAUGAGUGCACACAGGCUGCAGCAACUCAAGGGUCAUAUUUUGCCUGGAAAUAAGAUCACAGAAAUGGCAAGCCCUAGUCCCCUGACCACCCAUGUGCUGAACACUGGGAUGGGUGUCCCUGGCUCCAACAUGGCCCUCAGUCUCUAUCGACAAGGCCCCUCCACUGAUGCCUGGAGUUUGAUAACCGCUGGGACGACUAAUGCUGAUGGACGUUGCCCAGGACUCAUUACAAAACAAAUGUUUACUCCUGGUGUGUAUAGAAUGCGUUUUGAGACAGCUCAGUACUGGGAGAGUAUUGGAGAGACCUGCUUCUACCCAUAUGUUGAGAUUGUCUUCACUAUAAAUGACCCGGGCCAAAAGUACCAUGUCCCUCUGCUCCUGAGUCGGUUCUCUUAUAGUACAUAUAGAGGGAGCUAGAGGUCAAGUGAUGAAGCUCCUGAGGCUCCCUCCAUCUGUUCAACUGUCAGCUACACCGCCACACCACAGGGAGGAACAACUUUGUCUCAGCACCAGCUGAACUGUUACACCUUUGGUAUCUCCUUUUGAGUGAUUCUUCAAUUUGAUUAAUAUGUUAUAACUAAUAUUCCUUUUUCUGCAAUAAAAGAAGCAUAUUACUUGUAAGGUAAUUAUUAGACUACACACCCAUUUUAAACAGUUAUUGCAACAUACAAUGACAUUCUUCAAGAGAUUCUACCAGACUAACUGAAUCUCCCAUUGGGGAUAAAUAAAGCAAUUUUGAUUUGA